GCAACGCACUAGAUCUGUCGACAAACCCAACCAGAACUCCAUAAAAUAGUGUCGAUCACCACAGGCAAACCUCCCUCCCCGUUUCUCUCUCUUUCACUCUUUUUCUCUCUCCAAGAAAUAAUUGACUCCAACGCCAAGCGCCACAAGCACAAGCCCUUGCUUGCUUGAUGUCACUCUUUCGCUCUCGCUAGCUCUAACGCCACCGCUGACGGCGCUGCCGAGCCUCCAGUCCACCGCCCAACGUCAUACACCAAGUCAGGUCAGCAGCCCCACAAGAACACUUCGUAGGUCAGCAAAUCCAUUAUUAGUACCGAUAUUUCUCCAGGUCCCUGAAGAGAAAGCAUCGUCUUGUGUAUUUAUAUAUACCAUGGCCUGAUCGGCUAUGGACGUCACCGGAGAUGCCGGCGGAGGUCGCCGCCCCAACUUCCCUUUGCAGCUGCUGGAAAAGAAAGAGGAACAGCCCUGCUCUACGUCCCCAGCGGUUGCUGUGGGUGCUGGGGCUAAUGGGUCGGGAGAGAUGCAGAUGAAGAAGGUGGCGGCGCCGAAGCGCACAUCCUCCAAGGACAGGCACACGAAGGUGGACGGGCGCGGGAGGCGCAUCCGGAUGCCUGCAAUUUGCGCGGCUCGGGUGUUCCAGCUGACAAGGGAGCUGGGGCACAAGACGGACGGCGAGACGAUCGAGUGGCUGCUGCAGCAGGCGGAGCCCGCGGUGGUGGCGGCCACGGGCACGGGCACCAUCCCGGCCAACUUCACCUCGCUCAACAUCUCUCUCCGCUCCUCGGGCUCUUCCUUCUCCAUCCCAGCGCACCUCCGUGCGGCCGGCCCACGCUUCGGCGGCGCGCGGGGGGACCCGUGGGAGCGCGUCGUGGGAGUGGGACUCGGGUUCGGCGCCGCCGCCGAGGACCCUCCGUCCGCUACGUCCUCGGCGUCGUCUCCUCUGCUGCUGAGUUUCCACUCCGGCAGCGUCGGUCUUGACGUGUCGCCGUCGCCGUCGUCUGCCGCCGCCGGCUCCGACCUGUCGAAGAAACGGAGGUGGGAGCAGGAAAUGCAGCAGCAGCAUCAGCAGCAAUACCACCAGCAGCAGCAGAUGGCCGGGUACACGACGCAGAGCCAAAUGCCAGGCGCCGUGUGGAUGGUGCCGAGCGCGAGCAGCAACGCUCAAGCCGCCGCAGCGGCUGGCGGUGGCGGCAGCAACGCCAACGAGUCGAUAUGGACGUUCCCGCAGCCAGCAAGCGGCGGCGGCGGCGGCGCGGCGACCGUGUACCGCGGCGUGCCGAGUGGGCUACAUUUCAUGAACUUCCCCGCGGCGCCCAUGGCGCUGGUCCCCGGUGGUGGGCAGCAGCUCGGGCUCGGCGGCCCCGUGCCCGUGGGCGGCGCCGGCAACGACAGUAGUGGCAGUGCCAGCGGCGGCGGCGGCGGCGAGGGCCACAUGGGGAUCCUCGCCGCGCUGAACGCGUACCGGGCACAUAGUGCCGUCCCGGACGCUGCGCCAGCGCAGAACGGAGCGGAAGGCGGCUCUCGUCAGCGCCAGCAGCACGGCGGCGGCGGUGAGCGACAGGAGAGCGUGAGUCCUCCCAGCGACGGCUCGUAGCGUCUUCGGAGUUCGGAGGCGUGUGCGUGCACUGGUCUGCUAUGGCGUCUCUCUCCUGUGUUAAUUAGUCUGUGCUUCUCGACUUAUCGUUUGCAGUUUUUGUUAAUUGGUUGCACUGUUGUGGCCU